CUCCCUCGUCUUGCGUCGUCGGCACUCGACUUGCAUCACCCCCCCUCUUCUUCCUUCUUCCUUCUUCAACAUCACAAUCCUUUUAUAAACACCCCCAUCGCAUAUUACCCAUACACGCGACAAGGCGCAACCCUGCUUCACUCAACUCUCACACACGCACCAACCCCCCAUCCCAACCUCACCCACCGCAAUGGCACCAACCACCCGCUCACAAGUUUCGGGCGAGGGCUCACCCGCUCCCUCUCCAAAGCACGCAGCCACCUCGUCGGCUGUCAACACAAAGUCGGGCCCACUCAGGCAACGCCAGCGCGAAAACUCGAUGACACAGUACCGCGAUGCAAAGGAAUCGCUUGACCUUGCCACUGACGAUUACAGCGUCGACGAGAACGUCUUCUUCUUCGUCCCCAACCUGAUCGGCUACGCUCGUGUGAUCCUCGCAGCGGCGUCCCUCUACUACAUGCCGUUCCACCCAAAGAUCUGCACAGUGCUGUAUGGUGUUAGUUGCUUGCUGGACGCCUUCGACGGUCUCGCAGCCCGCCUCCUGGACCAGGAGACAAAGUUUGGAGCCGUCCUCGACAUGGUCACCGACCGCUGCACCACGGCCUGCUUGUUGACCUUCCUCGCCGCCACCUACACGGAGAACGGCCUGCCCCUCCUCUUCCAGUUCCUCAUCUCGCUCGACUUCGCAUCGCACUACAUGCACAUGUACUCUUCUCUCGUCACUGGAGCGACAAGUCACAAGAAUGUCGGCCAGGACGUAUCUCGCAUCCUGUGGUACUACUACAACGACCGCACGACCCUGUUCAUCUUCUGCUUUGCCAACGAGCUCUUCUUCGUCUGCCUCUACCUUAAUGCCUCGGUCGAGCGUGCCAUCUUCUCUGGCUCGCUUGCCCAGUACGCGCCCUUCCUCUCCGGUGUGCCCAUCAUUGGCUGGAUGACCUGGCCCCAGCUCAUCGGACUCCUGUGCUUCCCCAUCAUGUUCGCCAAGCAGGUCAUCAACGUUGUGCAGUUCUGGAAGGCGUCCAAGAUUCUCGUCGGCAUCGACAUUGCUUCCCGAAGGGAGGCCCGCGAGAACAAGGCCGAGGCGGACAACGCCGAGGCCAUUGCCGACAAGUAAGCGGCGACUUCCACACCCCGUGGUGCCCGUGUGGCGGCGGCACCGCGCUGCAUAUUUGGCCAUGGUAGAUAUGAAAGACUAGAGCCAGAGUCUGGGGGACAUGACACUCUCUUUACGGGAUAUAUACAUCACGCAGUAGCAUCAUGUAGGACGUGUUUGACG